ACACUAGUCGCCCGGCAACCAGCGCGGCAACAAAAGAUCUCUGUAUUCGCUGCCAAAAUUACAAGUGACUCCUGGAUCGCCAGAUGGGACUUACGACAUGGCGAACGGAACUGAUACCAUGAGAAACGGUAAUAAUGGGUUGGGCAUGACGACAUGGCCGCUAAAGGUAGAAAAAAGAAAAAAGUCGGGUGCACGUCCACCGAGGCCCCGAACGGCAACUCUGGAGCGACCACUCUUACUAGACAUUGCAUUUCUAGAAAAAGUAGACAUGUCGCUUGUUCGAAAAGAGCUGCUCAACAUUAGUAAUCUAUGCAGGCCUUCGGCAAGGAAACGACUAUCGGAAACAACAAAUCACAAUGUCAGGCCCAAUCCACAGAGGAAAAGAGCCAGUGUUUCUAUGCAACAUCUUAAGGUUCCUUCCAGUGAUGAAUCUUGGAGAUCAGAAACAAUUGUAAGAAACAAAAAUAGAAAAAAUCUGAGAUUAAAUAUGACCGCCGAUUCGGAUUCAUCAGCUCUAUCAAGUCCCAAAUACAGAACCGACAGUAAUUACACCAUAGCGACAGGGGAAAAUUCUCUAUCACCACGAUCCCAAAUUUCUGGUAGCACUGAUACAACAAUCAAAGGAUUGGACAGUGAUUGUGAAAUAAGUACAUUACGAAAAAGGGGGCAAAAAAAUAAUAAAUUAUUAAGUAAUAAAACGCCUAGGGAAGUAUUUUCAGUGCCACAUUUAAAGCAACAUAUUCCAGAACCUUGCAAGACAUGUGGCCGUAACGAUCUUCCGGAACGGUUUCACAGCCACGGCCGGAACGGGAGCACCACAGGUAAUGUUUCUUCAAUUCCAACGGCGUCUCUGGGAAUUGGAAGUCGAAAUCGAAAUUUAAAGCGAUCAACUUUGCAGCAGAAUAACAAAUCACCUUCGGAAUCGGUCAGCACAGCUGCAACGCCUAGGGCUAGUCCCAGAUUAGCAAAAUCACAAACAUCAGCACACCAGACAUCUCCUUUGCAAUCUCAUAGGGAAGCUCAUAAACUUAAGGGCAAUUUGAUCCAAUCACUUAGGCCACGUACAUUGACGUGCUAUUUAUGCGGAAGAGAAUUUGGAACAGCGUCAUUACACCUGCAUGAACCAAGGUGCCGGGAGCGCUGGGAAAGAGAAAACGCGUAUUUGCCAGCACAUUUACGAAGGCCUAUGCCAGAGAAGCCACCAGCCAAUUUAUCAGCUUUGGAGUAUAAUAAUAUGGCUUGGAAAGUUUCGCAAAAAUCGUUAUUGCCAUGUGAACAUUGUGGGAGGACAUUUCUACCUGAUCGUUUAGAAAUUCAUUUGCGAUCGUGCAAGCCACAAAAGCAUCAGACAACUAGAGACUCGAGCAUCGAUCCAGGCCCUGUCAGCGGGGUAAGCAGCAGUUGCAGUGCACCCGCUCAGCCUGUUGCGUCCGUGUCGAAAUGCAUCGUGUGCGAGCGGGCGGUUACGUCGCGUUCGCUCGCACAACACGAAGCUCAAUGUUUAGCCGCGUGGCGGAGACGCAACGAUCAGCUACCGGAAUCGGAACGAAGGCCGGAGCCGCGGAGGAGACGGAGCUUGGAUUUUCACAAUGAUGACAUAAAGAGCCCAUCACGAAAUUCAUCGGAUUCGCGCUUGUUAAAAUCUCCAUUAAGACCUAAUUUGCGUAAAGAUGGUAACAAAAUCUUGGAUGAAGGAAAAAAUUUGAUACCGGCGAACAAAACUAAACUUCCGUUGCAACUUCAGCGAUGGCGGAAACCUCAGGCACCUCCAAGACCGUGGGCUUUAGAGUGUUAUUUGUGCGGCGUGGAAUUGCCUACAUCCGAAAUCAACGCCCAUGAAGAGAUGUGUGCAGAAGAUUGGAGAAGGCACAACGAGCUACUGCCUAAAGACAAACAGGAAAAGGAACCACGAAAACCAGAUACAAGAUUUACUAGUAAGUGA